AUGUUGACAAAAUCGCCGGUAGAACCUCGACAACGACGACGACACCUACCGCUUAGUCCGACUUGUCGGUGUGCAGGGCAAAGAGAUUGCCGAUGCAGCACACCAGCGAAACCAAAAGUGUGCGGCGGCGAAUUGCACAAUUCGACAACUUUGCCUCGCACCGGCAAUCUCUCUCUCCCACAAUUGAAUUUGCGCCGAGAAGAAAUCGGACAAGAUCGAUUCAGCAUCGGGUGGGGAAGGGGAAAAGAUCGUAGCUGGGACGGGGAAAAGGAGGCUGUCGUGCGUAAUUCUCUUCGAGUUGCCGUCUGUUCCGGGUUGUGUCUCCACAAAAUCGUAGGAAACAGUCAGCUGCACUGCGUUGGGAUGCAGCAUCCACUGCAGGAAGAAGAUGUCGUGUGUAUAUAUGACUGCGACAACGCCACAAAUGGCGAAAACCUUGACGAGGCAUAA